GGCCAACCGCUACGCUCCAUGUUCAAACAGCCUUCUUCUUAUCCUCCGUCCGGUUCUGAUCUCCGCAAGUUCAUUGAUUCAAUUCAAUAUAAGCCAACUGCUCCGAAACCUGGCCAAUGCCUGCCCCGUAGACUCUCGACUGCCGCCGUGCCACGAGGAAUAAAACCCCCUCCUCCUCCGUCCUAGCGCACCCCUCUGAGAUUCCUGGCGGUUCCUGAGAUUCUCCCUUCACAGAAUGACGUCUCCAAAAGCCGAGAAGAGGCGAAGGAGGAGGAACAGCGGUGGCAGCGGCAGCAGCAUCGGUUUUUUCAAGUGCUUUAGGCCUGCAUUUAGCGACGAUGAGACCGACCACAAGGCAGGGGCGCGGGUUCCCGCCCCCUCCUUAGCAGAGAAGGGGCGGGCAGCCUCUCUGCCGCCUCCCUCGCCAGCGCAGACAGAUGACGGCUGUUCGAUCAAGAAGUGCCGCCAGGGGCUCUCGGCUGGCAUCAAGGCCGUGUUCUUUGAGAAAUCUCUGAGUAAAAAGAGUACGAAGAGCAAACACUCCAAGGACUCCGAUCCAUCGUCUAAAGGCAAGCUCUCCUCGACCAGUGAAAGCGAGUACUCGGAUUCAAUGGAUGAUGGAAGUAGGAGGACCACCGGUUCUAGUGCCCUAACCUCUUCGCUUUCCCUGGACUCCUCGCGGUAUUCCAAUAUCUCAUCGAGUUCCAGAUCGUUCGACUCCAGUCAGAGGCCAUCUCAAUCCAGCUCAUUCAUAUCGAGUCGGAGGCAAUGCAGCUUUAAGGAGCAAAGGAGCCGGUCCGACAACGGUCUUUACGUGUUGUUGUUCAUAACCCUUCUGGUUGUGGUCUUCUGGGGCAAGUUAUGUGCGAUUAUAUGCACUUCAACUAUGUUAUAUAUCACAGCCCAUCGAAGCAUUGCAUGCCUGGCGCCGAAUAACGUGAGCGAUGCAACAGAUUCAGCCGAGUACAAGAAAAGGAUCGUCUUGGGUGGAUUCUUGGACCGGAAGCGAUCUCGGAGUGCAACGAUCAGUGACUGACUUGUUGAUCUAGUUUUCCCAAUUUGAGCGGGAAAUUACAGAAAUUCGACAUCAGCUAUAACGUGACAUUUUUUCUUUAUCUUUUUUGAGCAGUGCUAUUGGACGCGUUAUGUGUACAAAGGUCGAAUUUGACUAUGUCGUGAUCUGAGUGCGUGGCAAAGCGAGAGAGUGUAUAGUUUAUCUGUUUCUUUGUAGGCCAUUUGGAUGCACGAGAAGAAGGAAGCAUCUAGUGGAGACAUGCACUUCUUAUAAUUCUUUGUACCAUCCAUCAAUCCUCCGAGCCGCAUGUGUUUUGAGUUGUGGAUUCUAUGAUCUUGCCUCAUUCUGAGAUUCAUUCAUCCAUUCAUG